AUGGAAGGAAAAAACAUAAAAGAAAAUUUGAAGAGCAUGAAGGAUGCAUAUGACCCGAAAGAGGUCGAAUCCAAGUGGUACUCCUUCUGGGAGCAGAAUGAUUAUUUCAAACCGAAAAAGGAGUUGCUAGGAAAGAAGGGGCAGAGGACGUUACACAUAGGCCACACGUUAACCAUAGCUAUUCAAGAUUCUCUAGUUCGAUAUAAGAGGAUGAAAAAUUUAUUAACUCUCUACGUCCCAGGGACAGACCAUGCAGGGAUAGCAACGCAAACCGUUGUAGAAAAAAUGCUAUUUAAGAAGGAGCAGAAGAUACGACAAGAUUAUGGAAGAGAAGAGUUUGUGAAAAAAAUUUACGAAUGGAAGGAUCUCCAUGGAAAUAAAAUUAAUAACCAAAUUAGGCGAAUCGGUGCUUCUGUUGAUUGGUCAAGGGAGUACUUCACCAUGAACGAAAAAUUGUCAGAAGCUGUGAAGGAAGCAUUUAUCAAAUUUUAUGAUAGCGGAUUGAUUUACAGAGACAACCGAUUGGUUGCCUGGUGCCCCCAUUUAAAGACUGCUCUCUCAGAUAUCGAAGUAAAUCUUGAAGAAAUCAAAAAGCCAACAAAAAUUAAAAUCCCCUCAUUUCAUCACUUGGUGGAAGUAGGCGUAUUAUAUAAAUUUUUUUACCAAAUUAAGGAUAGCGAGGAAAAAAUUGAAGUGGCAACAACAAGGAUUGAAACCAUGUUGGGAGAUGUUGCCGUAGCUGUCCACCCAAAUGAUAAGAGAUAUGCACACUUAGUGGGAAAAGAAAUUAUACACCCCUUCAUUCCGGACAGAAAAAUAACCGUCAUUAAGGAUUCCUAUGUAGACAUGGAAUAUGGUACUGGAGCUGUGAAAAUAACACCAGCUCAUGAUAAAAAUGAUUACGAAAUGAUGAAGAGGCAUAAUUUGAAGUCCAUAAAUAUAUUUACCCGAGAUGGAUUUAUUAACAAAAAUGGAGGGAAAUUAUUUGAAGGUCUCCACCGAUUUGAAUGUAGGUUUAAAAUUCAGGAAGAAUUAAAGAAAUUAAAUUUACUAUCUGAUAAGAUUCCUAACUCCAUGUCUCUUCCCUUGUGUUCCAGAACGAAUGAUAUCAUCGAGUAUAUGCUCAUACCACAGUGGUACGUAAACUGUAGUGAGCUAGCCAAACAAGCUAUUAACUGUGUGAAGGAGAAAGAGCUUACAAUUAUUCCCUCACAACAUGUGAACACCUGGUUUUAUUGGCUAGAAAAUGUUCGCGAUUGGUGCAUAUCGAGACAGUUGUGGUGGGGGCAUCGAAUUCCAGCCUACAAAAUUGUCAAAAAGGGGGAUCCAAAUUUAAGCGGCAAAUCAGAGGGGAGUGGUGAUAAUUCCAAUCAUUUAGAAGAGGCAGACCCCACUUUGCAGGAAGGAGAAGAAAAAUGGGUUGUUGGUAGAUCCUACGAAGAAUGCAUGGAAAAGGCCAAGAAGAUGGUACCCCAAAAUGAACAGUUUGAGUUGGUACAGGAUGAAGAUGUACUAGACACGUGGUUUUCUUCCGCCCUUGUUCCAUUUAGUUCUUUAGGGUGGCCAGAAAAAACAGAAGAUCUCGAACACUUUUUCCCAAACAGUAUUUUAGAGACGGGUCAAGAUAUUCUUUUUUUCUGGGUAGCUAGAAUGGUAAUGGUUUCGCUACACCUUAUGAAGACACUCCCUUUUAAGACUAUCUACCUACAUGCCAUGAUUAGGGACUCGAAAGGAGAAAAGAUGAGUAAAAGCAAAGGCAACGUUGUGGACCCCUUGGAUAUAAUCGAUGGAAUUAGUCUACAAGGACUAAAUCAAAAAUUGUAUGAAGGAAAUUUACCUGAAAAAGAAAUCAAAAGAGCAUUAGAAUUACAGAAAAAGGAAUUUCCAAAGGGAAUCCCAGAAUGUGGAACCGAUGCACUAAGAUUUGGUCUCCUAACAUAUCUCAAGCAGGGAAGAAAUGUGAACCUUGACAUUAACAGAAUAAUUGGGUAUAGACAUUUUUGUAAUAAAUUAUGGAAUGCUGUUAAGUUCUUUUUGAAAACAUUACCUGAUAAUUACGACAAUACUAACGUCCUUCUAUCCCAACCGGAUUAUGUACAUUCCUUGCAAUGGGAAGAUAAAUGGAUUCUCCACCGGUUAAAUGUGUAUAUAAAAAAUGCCAAUGAAAGCUUUGAUACGUAUAACUUUUCCGAGGCAGCAUUUUCUGCAUACAACUUUUGGCUGUACGAUUUGUGCGAUGUGUAUUUGGAGCUUAUCAAGGCCCGUCUCAAUGUGGAGCCCCCCGAAUCAGUGAAGAAGGAAGAAGUGCUUAGUGAGGGGAAAAGGGAAGAUGCCGCAGCGGGGGAGAGUCACGUUCAGGACAACACUGCCAUCAGCGAGGGGCAUCCUCCCCCCGGUUCAACAGCACUGCAUGCUAACAAAACGCUGCACGCAUGUCUGGAUUAUGGACUGAGACUUCUGCACCCCAUUUCGCCUUUCAUAACGGAAGAGCUGUACCACAAGAUCGCAGCAGAGGGAUACAAAUUUGGAUCCAUUUCUGUAGCCCCGUACCCAGAAUACAUACCUUCUUGGAAUGAUGAAAAAAUUAACUCAGAAAUGAACAAAUUUAUGAGCAUUGUUAAACAGUUCAGGUCGUUUAUUUCUAAUUUGGAAAUUCCUCCGAAGACAAAACUCAAUUGCUACAUUGCUGCGAAGAAUCAGGAAGACGAAUGUUUUAUCUUAAAGGUAAAAAAUAAAAUACAGACAUUGGCCAAAUUGGCUAGCCUUACUGUCAUUAAGUACAACGUGGAGGAGCUUUCCGAUGAUCUCACUGCUGAAAUAAAAAAAUGCCUGAAGGAUAUUGUUGCCAACCAGUUUAUUAUUUACGUGCAGUCGAGCGAGGAGUACCUCAAACCGCUACUGACGAAUAUGCAAAGCAAGAAUAAAAAGCUUCAGAGUUCUCUAGAUUCCUAUUUGAAAAAAACCAAUGAUCCGAACUAUGCGCAAAAAGUACCUGAACAGGUCAGAAAUUUGUACGCGGAAAAAAUCGAGGAGCUGAACGCGCAAAUUUUGGCCGUGUCAAACAUCAUUUCGGAGAUUAACGAGUGCUUAAAAAAUGCGUAA